ACAAGAUUUGUUGAAGUUUAUUUAACACAGAUAUAGAACACUUUCAUUUUUGCCAAAUAAAUAAAUAAAUAAAUAAAUAAAAAGAGCACACAUUUGUAGUUACCCUUUCAGACAGCAAAAAUAUGGAUCCAUUUAAUUUUCGUUUUGUUUUUCCUUUUUAAUUUUUUUUUCAGAUUAGAUUCGUUUCGUUCCCGAGUCUUCAGCUCACUGGGCAUUGUCUCUACCGUGUGCAUCCACUUCCCACUCGUCAAAUCUUCUUCUUCUUCUUCCUUCUUUCUUUCGUCUUAAGUAAAUUCACUGAACAGUUCCCACCUCAAAUCACCCAAAUCCACAUCAGAACCCAGUUUUCUCACACCCAGAAUCUUUCUUGGUCUUUUUCUUGAAUUCAAGCACAAAGUUUGGGUCUUUUUCAGCUCUGGUUGAAUCCCCAUUGAAGGGCAGGCGUCUGGGUGUUAGUCUGCAUGCCAGUUUUCGCCCAAGUUUGAAGCUUUUUCCCAUUCUGCUGCGACCCAAUUGAUGGGACUCUAAUGGGUUCCUUGGAAUCUGGGAUCCCAUUGAAGAAGGGGAGCUUGUUUGGUACUCAGUUUACUAGAAAAGAGAAGAAUCCUUUUUCUCACAGGUUCAGAUCGAGCUUUUCGAGGUUGCUCUUUAAGAAGCUCGAUUACUUGCAAUGGAUUUGUACGGUGGUGGUGUUUCUGUGCUUGGUCGUUGUGUUCCAAAUGUUUCUGCCAGGGUCGGUUGUGGAAAACUCCGAUGAUGAGUCCUUGAAAGCUGUGAGAAUGCGGUCUGAUAAUUUGUUCCAUUAUGGAGAAAUUCAGAAGGUUGUGUUGGACAUUGGGGAGGAUGCCCUUCUUUUGCCAAUGAUUUUGGAGAAAUUUAGGAGAGGUGGUGGUGAGGGCAUGGAUGCGGGUUUGUUUAACCACACAGCGCAACAUUUUGGAUACAGGAAGCCUCAGCUUGCAUUGGUGUUUGGAGAACUGUUGGUUGAUUCUCACCAAUUACUUAUGGUAACAGUUGCAACUGCUUUGCAAGAGAUUGGCUAUGAAAUCCAGGUCUUUUCACUUGAAGAUGGACCAGGGCAUAAUGUGUGGAGAAAGUUAGGAGUUCCCAUUUCUAUCGUCAGAACUUGUGAUAAGCGAAACAACACUGUGGACUGGCUAAACUAUGAUGGUAUAAUUGUGAGCUCUCUGGAAGCCAAAGGUGCCUUUUCAUGCUUUUUGCAGGAACCUUUCAAGUCCAUCCCUCUUAUAUGGAUUGUUCAUGAAAAUGCUCUUGCUUAUCGAUCAAGGCAAUAUACCACUAAUGGGCAGAUAGAAUUUUUGAACGAUUGGGGAAGAGUUUUCAAUCGUUCAACAGUUGUUGUCUUUCCAAACUAUGCUUUGCCGAUGAUUUACUCCACAUUUGAUGCUGGAAAUUUUUUCGUUAUUCCUGGUUCCCCUGCUGAAGCAUUAGAAGCAGAAGCAUUUAUGGCCUUACAUAAAGAUAAUAUGCGUGUCAAUAUGGGCUAUGACCCCGAAGAUGUGAUUAUUGCAAUUGUGAGCAGUCAAUUUCUGUACAAGGGCAUGUGGUUGGGGCAUGCCAUUGUUUUAAGGGCUUUAGAACCACUUGUGACAGAUUUCCCUAUUAACAAAGAUAAUGCCAGUGCAAGACUACGAAUCAUUGUUCAUAGUAGAGAAUUAACAAAUAAUUACAGUGUGGCUCUUGAGACCAUGGCGCAUAGCUUGAAAUACCCAAGAGGUAUUAUAGAGCACAUAGCUGGAGAUUUGAAUGCCGAUUCCGUACUUGGUAUAGCAGAUGUAGUGGUAUAUGGAUCCCUUCUUGAAGAACAUUGUUUUCCAGAGAUUUUGAUCAAGGCUAUGUCCUUUGAGAAACCAAUUAUUGCUCCAGAUGUUCCCAUGAUCAGAAAAUAUGUAAGUUUUCACUCUAAUCUUUUUACGUUAGCCAUAUCAUGGGUCUAGAUUUCUGGUUGUUAC